AUCUCUCGCUGCGCUUUUCAGACUGCUCGAUUCGAAGCAGAUCGCGGCAUUUGUUUACCUGAACCCAGUGGGGGUAGAUCACGGGCAUUGUUUACAUUCGAAUAGUUGCAUUCUACUCCGAAGCGCCAUAUCGUUGUAAGUUGUCAACUAAUCCUCUACGAUGGAACAACAAACCGGCCAAACCGGCCAAAUCGCCCAAAUCGGCCAAAUCGGCCAAGCCGGUGGGCCUUGAUGCCCCAGGCAGCAAUACAAUCGAUAAGCCGACCGAGGAAGCAGCGUCACGUUUCUUUUCUCUUGCACACUACAACAGCUCUCACCGACCCUUUUCUCUUCUCUUUUCUCCCUCUACUUGCAUCUGAUCUACACAUGUGUAUGAUAUUACUGCCUAGAAGUGGCGAUACUCCAAAGAUGAUGCCAUAUACCGGCAUCUAUGAACGCCAAAGGCCAAUCCUUGCUUGUGUUCGCAGAAUUAUGCGGUACCACCCGACCGGCAGCGUGAAGUUACAUUAGAAGCCUCAUCAGCGAGGAAAGAUUAACAGGACAGAAC